AUUUAAGGACUAGGAUUCUCUGUGAAGGCUACUAGAGCGGUGCAGGACGAUGCAUAAUCGUAGCUGAGCAGCUUGUAUGUCAUAGGGCCAAGUGAUCUGGUCCUGCAAGCUGCGAGGUGUCAACAAUAAUCAUGCAUUUUUUGCCUUGAUCGGGGGUGGCCUGCUGCUCUUUUCAGGUGCUAGAAUCUCCAGACAUGGCGAUUUGCAUCGGAGAUGAAGGUGUUAUAGCAAAGUUUCUAGCCUCUCUACGGCUCCUCCAGGCGCUGCCCCCUGCAUGCGUCCAAAAGGUUGCAGAUCGGAUUGAGGUGUUGACAUUCAGACCUCAGGAGGUCUUGGCCAAAGAAGGGACACCCAGCAGGGGCCUGUACAUCUUGCACAGUGGCCAGGUUCGAGUUGUCCAGGCCCCAAACCACGUUGGCAGCACAGACCACACCGCACUGGUCCUCUCGGUUGGGGACCAUUUUGGAGGCCAAGGCAGUUGCGCCACCGACUUCUCCAAACAGCAUCUCCAUUCAGCCGACGUCGUUGCGGUCACGGAGGUCACCGUUUUGUUACUUCCCAAUGAGCACUGUCACCUGUUGUCCGAAGACAGCAGCCACGUGGUCCAACCAGAGGGCGAGAAGCAAGCGCUCAUAGCGCGCAUCCUCCACCUGGACAGACUUGAGGCGGACUUCUUCCAGGGGGUGACGAUUCCCGAGGGCAACCUGUACCCCCGAUUGUUUGGCGGCCAGCUUCUUGGGCAGGGCCUCUGGGCGGCCUGCCAGUCGGUGGAUGCUUCCCUGGGUGUACACAGCCUGCACUCCUACUUUCUCCUCCCCGGCGACCCAAACGUCCCCAUCAUCUACCGAGUGGAUCAUAUCCGGGACGGCAAGUCCUUUGCCACCCGCCACGUGGUUGCAAUCCAAAAGGGCCGCAACAUCUUCAGCCUCCAUGCGUCAUUCCAGAGAGCGGAAGAGGGGCUCGAGCACCAGUACCCGAUGCCGGCGGCCCCCAGCAUUGAAACGGUUCCCACGUGGGAGGAGCUUCAGGAGGAGUACUACAACGAUCCACGUGUCUCUAAGGAAGCGCGCGAGCGCUUCAAGCGCCGGCGGAAGCGACCCAUUGCGAUCGACAUGAAGUUUUGCGAAGCCAUUGACAGAGUGGAGCCCCAGGCUCGGCCGCCCAGGCAGCUCAUCUGGUGGCGCGCCCGAGGCAAUCUGGGCAGUGACCCGGCACUCCAUCAAGCGACCGCGGCCUACGCCUCCGACUUCUCGUUCCUGGAGACGGCACUUCUGCCGCAUGGCUUCCUCAUCCCCGACCGCCGCCUGGUGGUCGCCAGCCUCGACCACAGCAUGUGGUUCCACCGACCGUUCCGGGCCGACGAUUGGCUCUUAUACCAGGUGGAGAGCCCACGCUCCUCUGGCUCCCGUGGUUUCUGCUUGGGUAGAAUGUACACCCGGAGUGGGGAGCUGGUUGUGUCCACCGCUCAAGAAGGGCUGAUCCGAUUGGAUCCAAGCGUGCGGGUGAAGGGCGCACUUAGUUCAGACGUCGAAAAGGAUCCCGCGCUUUUCCCAAGCAAGGUCAAGGAGAAAGAUGAUGGAGUCGAACCAAGCAAGCCGCUGAGAUCACGUUUGUAAGGGUUUUUCAAUCAGCAUUUAUUCAGAUGCCGAAAGCUGUGCCCUGAAAGCAAGACUCGUCCAAGAUAUGUACGUAGCCUGCUUCCGCAUCUGAGCUGGGCGGCUCUGUACAAAUGAUUGUGUAAUACACGUCAAAUAUAGUUCUCAGAGAUCCUAUUCGAGUGAAUUCUGGCCUAAGCUCUUGCCGGGGAUCCAGCUAGGGAACUAUGUGACGGCAAGUCCGGAUGAAACUUAACGUUGGCAGGCUAUGUUAUGAUUGAGCGCAUACACCUGCCAGGUCGACACUUCCAC